AAACGGCGCUGUCACUCAAUACAACUUUUGAUAGGUUCGUUCGUGGCCAUCUUAGUUCUUUUCGCUGUAACCACGUUCUUUGAAAGAAGUACAUUACAAUCAUGGCAUUGCCAAUUUCCAAAAAACGAAAGUUCGUCUUGAACGGUAUCUUCAAAGCUGAACUCAACGAGUUCUUGACUCGUCAGUUGGCUGAAGAUGGUUACUCAGGUGUAGAAAUCCGUGUAACACCAACACGCACAGAAAUUAUUAUCAUGGCAACCAAAACAUUGAAUGUUUUGGGUGAAAAGGGACGCCGAAUUCGUGAACUUACUGCUGUAGUUCAAAAGAGAUUCGGUUUUGCUCCAGGCACCGUUGAAUUGUACGCCGAAAAGGUUGCUACACGUGGUUUGUGCGCUAUCGCUCAAGCCGAAUCAUUGCGGUACAAAUUAACCGGUGGAUUGGCUGUACGUCGUGCAUGUUAUGGUGUUUUGCGUUUCAUUAUGGAAUCAGGCGCCAAGGGAUGUGAAGUCGUUGUUUCCGGAAAAUUGCGUGGUCAACGUGCCAAAUCAAUGAAAUUCACUGAAGGUUUGAUGAUCCACUCUGGUGAUCCAUGCAAUGUUUACGUUGACACAGCCACACGUCACGUUUUACUUCGUCAAGGUGUGCUCGGUAUCAAGGUUAAAAUCAUGUUGCCAUACGAUCCAAAUGGCAAGAGCGGACCUAAAAAACCAUUGCCAGACAAUGUCACCGUCAUCGAACCAAAAGAUGAAGUUAUCUAUGAACAACCAGAAACUGAAUACAAAAUUCCAAUCAGAGAGAUCGGCGGCGUUGAUGCUGGUGCACACGAUCAAGUUGAAUAAAUGUUAUGCUAACAUCCUUCACGGCUUAGCAUUUAAUUCAUUGUCUACAUGUACUACAUUCAAUCUUCGUGUACAAUUUUAUAUUAUACAAAUAUAAAAACAAACAAAUAC